UUGUACUGUCUAUAACUACCUUAACAAACAGUGACUUAUUAUUAUUAUUGACAGUUACCAUGGAGAUGAAAUAUCACAACUACAUGGUCAUGUGAUGCAUUAAAUCACCUGACUGUUUCUAUGUAUGUUAGUAAAUGUUUUAUUUCUCAAAGAGAUAAUGAAUACAUGAGAACAAUAAUUAGUUGUCACUGUGUUAAUCACAACCAACAUGUUGGAUCUCUGUUUAGGGGUCAGUGCUCUAAAAUGAGUCUCUCUGGGGAGAGAGAGGAGGGGGGCCCUGCCUCUAAAAUUCAUCUCUCUGAGGGACAUGACACCAAAGCUAAGAGUCCAAUCAAGCAGGAGAGACCAGCCUCCCCUGUUCCCAGCUGUGUGUCCAUGAAGAGUGACCGGUCUAUGAAUCAACCUUUACAGUUUAGAGAGGGAGACUUUUCUACUGAACAAAGUCCAAUCAAGCAGGAGAGACCAGCCUCCCCUGUUCCCAGCUGUGUGACCAUGAAGAGUGACUGGUCUAUGGAACCUCCUCUAUACUUUAGAGAGGGAGACUUUUCUACUGAACAAAGAAACCAACAGGAGAGAUCAGGGUCAGAGAUUCUCAGUUGUCAGUCUUCCCAGAGUCAUCAAACAGACCUGGACUCCAUAUUCAGUAUGCUUGAACAGAAAAUUAUGACAUUUGUGAAGAACGAGCUGAAGAUGUUCAAGAGGAUUCUUAGUCCAGAACUCCCAGAAGGCUUUGAGAGUCAGAAGCAGGAAGUAGUGGAUGCUGAAGAUGAGAAGCAGGAGAGCAGUGCCAGAGAGGGGGCUCUGAAGAUCACACUGCACAUCCUGAGGAAAAUGAACCAGAAGGAGCUUGCUGACACACUGGAGAAAUAUUCAGAUGAGCUUGCUGUGAUUUGCCAACGUGAACUCAAAUCUAAUCUAAAGAAGAAGUUUCAAUGUGUAUUUGAGGGGAUCGCUAAACAAGGAAACCCAACACUUCUCAAUAAGAUCUACACAGAGCUCUACAUCACAGAGGGUGGAACAGGAGAGGUCAAUAAUGAACAUGAGCUGAGACAGAUUGAGACAACAACCAGGAAACAAGCAAGACCAGAGACUGCAAUCAAAUGUAAUGACAUCUUCAAACCCUUAACUGGACAAGACAAACCUAUCAGAACUGUGCUGACAAAGGGAGUCGCUGGCAUUGGAAAAACAGUCUCUGUGCAGAAGUUCAUUCUGGACUGGGCUGAAGGAAAAGCAAAUCAGGAUGUCCAAUUUGUAUUUUCAAUCCCUUUUCGGGAGCUGAAUUUGAUGAAAGGGGACAAACACACUUUCAUUGAACUUCUUAAUCACUUCUCAAUGGAAACCAAACAAUCAGGAAUCUCCAUCUACAACAAGUACAAAGUUCUGUUCAUCUUUGAUGGUCUGGAUGAGUGCCGACUGCCCCUAGACUUCCAGAAGAACAAGAUCUGUUGGGACGUCACAGAGUCAACCUCAGUGGAUGUUCUGCUGACAAAUCUCAUCAAGGGAAAUCUGCUUCCCUCUGCUCUCCUCUGGAUAACUACCCGACCUGCAGCAGCCAAUAAGAUCCCUUCAGUGUGUGUUGACCAGGUAACAGAAGUACGAGGGUUCAAUGACCCACAGAAGGAGGAGUACUUCAGGAAGAGAUUCAGGGAUGAGGACCUGGCCAGCAGAAUCAUCUCACACAUAAAGACAUCAAGGAGCCUCCACAUCAUGUGCCACAUUCCAGUCUUCUGUUGGAUUUCUGCAACAGUCCUUGAACACAUCCUGAAACAUAAGAGAGAAGAGAUGCCCAAGACUCUGACUGAGAUGUACACACACCUUGUGGAGUUUCAUACCAAACAGAAGAAUGAAAAGUAUCUUGGGAAAGAAGGGACAGGUCCACACUGGAAUAAAGAGAGCAUUCUGUCACUGGGAAAACUGGCUUUUCAACAGCUUGUGAAUGGCAAUCUGAUUUUCUAUGAAGAAGACCUGAAAGAGGCUGGCAUUGAUGUUAAUGAAGCCUCAGUGUACUCAGGAUUGUGCACACAGCUCUUUAAAGAGGAAUGUGGGCUGUACCAGGACAAGGUGUACUGCUUUGUUCAUCUGAGCAUUCAGGAGUUUCUGGCUGCUGUAUAUGUGUUCCUCUCAUUCAUCAACAACAAUGAGAAUCUAAUGGACAAACUGCAAACAAAAGACGAGUCUGAAGUUACUUUCUACAAGAGUGCUGUGGAUAAAGCCUUACAAAGUGAGACAGGAAACCUGGACCUUUUCCUCCGCUUCCUACUGGGCCUCUCACUGGAGUCCAAUCAGAAGCACUUACGAGGUCUACUGACAAAGACAAGAAGCAGCUCACAGAGCCAUGAAGAAACAGUCAAGUACAUCAAGGAGAAGAUCAGGGAGGAUCUCUCUCCAGAGAGGAGCAUCAAUCUGUUCCACUGUCUGAAUGAACUGAAUGACCAUUCUCUAGUGGAGGAGAUCCAAAGCUACCUGAGAUCAGGAAGUCUCUUGGCUAAGAAACUGUCACCUGCACAGUGGUCAGCUCUGGUCUUUGUGUUGCUGACUUCAGAAAAGGAGCUGGAUGUGUUUGACCUGAAGAAAUACUCCAGAUCAGAGGAAGGUCUUCUGAGGCUGCUGCCAGUGGUCAAAGCCUCCAGAGCUGUUCUGCUGUCAGGCUGUGGAGUCACAGAGGAAGGCUGUGCUUCUCUGGUCUCAGCUCUGAGGUCAAACCCCUCACACCUGAGAGAGCUGGACCUGAGUAACAAUGACCUGAAAGAUUCAGGAGUGAAGCUGCUCUCUGAUGGACUGGGGAAUCCCCACUGUAAACUGGAGACUCUGAGGCUGUCAGGCUGUGGAGUCACAGAGGAAGGCUGUGCUUCUCUGGUCUCAGCUCUGGAGUCAAACCCCUCACACCUGAGAGAGCUGGACCUGAGUAACAAUGACCUGAAGGAUUCAGGAGUGAAGCUGCUCUCUGCUGGACUGGGGAAUCCCCACUGUAAACUGGAGACUCUGAGGCUGUCAGGCUGUCUAGUCACAGAGGAAGGCUGUGCUUCUCUGGUCUCAGCUCUGGAGUCAAACCCCUCACACCUGAGAGAGCUGGACCUGAGCUACAAUCACCCAGGAGACUCAGGAGUCAGACUGCUCUCUGCUGGACUGGAGGAUCCACACUGCAGACUGGAGAAACUCAAUGUGGAACAUGGUGGAGAGAACAGAAUGAAACCUGGACUUAGAAAAUAUGUCUGUGAUCUCACACUGGACCUAAACACAGUAAACAGACUCCUCUCUCUGUCUGAGGAGAACAGAAAGGUGACAUGGAGGAGAGAGAAGCAGCCGUAUCCUGAUCACCCAGAGAGAUUUGAGGGCUGGGGACAGGUGCUGUGUAGAGAGGGUCUGACUGGGCGCUGUUACUGGGAGGUAGAGUGGAGGGGAAAUGGGGCUGUUAUAGGAGUGACAUAUAAAGGAAUCAGCAGGAGAGGAGGGGUUAAUGACUGUUGGCUUGGAGCCAAUGACAAGUCCUGGAGUCUGUUCUGCUCUGACAACAGUUACUCUGCCUGGCACAAUAAUAAUCCCACUACCAUAGACGUCCCCUCCUCCAGCUCCCACAGAGUAGGAGUGUAUCUGGACUGGCCAGCCGGCACUCUGUCCUUCUAUAGAGCCUCCUCUGACACACUGACCCACCUGUACACAUUCACCUCCACAUUCACUGAGCCCCUCUAUCCAGGGUUUGGGUUUAUGGUGGUGACUCCUCAGUGUCCCUGAAAUAACAUGACACACACACAAUAAUAACCUGUAAAUAAUACACACACUGGAUACACACACACACACACACACA